AAUGUUCACACGGUGAUCAGCCAGCGUGUGCAAAUACCGGCGAAUAUCUUACGAAACGCGUGACGAAACGUCGACGUAGCGUAAUUCGAAUCGGCGACGAUUUCGCAGCGUCGGAUAACGUGACACGCGUAUACCUGAAGAGAAACGGAACGAGGCGAUACGGCCCUGAACACCGGGAUGUGGAAGCUAGCAGAGCGCAAGUCUUCUGCUAAUGCCAAACGAUUCCCUUAAUACACUUGCGUCUGGAAUCUCGUUGUAAUUGGGGCGAACGGUCUGUGUCAGCUGUCGCGUACUUGUCAGUGCUUCACAAAGAUCCUACGAACCGGUCGAAGGCGAAACAACGUCGAAUAAAUCGUGCUGUGAGCCAGGAAAAGAAUCGACGACGUCUAGUCUCGAGGAGCGUGCAAUUCGGAGCGCAAGACCGAAAGGAACGGCUGGGUUUGGUCGCCAUCUUAGAUCCAUCACGAGCACGUUGCACGAACGCGGCAGAAGGAAAAAUUACCUGGAAUACGUGCAGUUAUCGAGAAGGAAAGCGAGAAGGGAUGCGAGAAGGAAAAGUGUCAUUUUUCCUCGAACGCGAACGCUUAUAAAGCAACACGGUGCAUGUCGACACGGGGAUACACGGUGGGUGCUGUGAGAGAAAAAACUGGUCGGCCGUGGUUUUUAAAAACGCCACAGAUGCGUGAAACGCAAGUGAAACGAUCGUGUGCAAAGUGACUUUUUUGGAGGAGAGAGAUUUUUUUUCUUUUCUGUUUCCUAAUUUAACGGGCUGGCCUCUAGCCACCGCGAAACUGACAAACGGACGAAACCAGCGUACCAAGGUCUUUCAUUAUGAGCAAGAUGCUAGGAACAAACUAUUGCACCGUGUUCUCUGUACUUAGAAGUCCCGAAGAGGGUGAAUCGUUUAAGCGGAUCAUCUGAAAGAAUCGAUCGUAACGAAGGAAAGAUUAUUCGCGAGGACGAUCGUCAAGGAUUUAUCGACCGGAUCAGAAAGAAGAGUUUCGGUGUCGCGAAACGAGUGUGAUUUCGUUUGCCGGUGACGGAACGAAUUUAGGACUCGCGAGAAUCGUGCGAUCACCUUGAAAAAAAAAAGAACUUUGACGUUGACGUAAUCAAUUAUAUAUAGCUCGUCGAAAUUCGCGAAUAUCGUGAGGUGAACCUUGGUGAGACACACCUAGCCGUUAACGGUUUCUCUAUUAAUAGAGACCGAUCAAUUUUAUUCGACGUUCGUGCGACGUUCGUGUACUUAAGAAUAGAAGAGCAAUCUUUUAAAAGCGAACUUUCGAGGACUCGCGAUAUCGAUCUCGAAGAGUGAUUUUCCGCACGCUAUCGGGAAUCGCGCGAUCGAAGGAUCAUUUAUCGACCCGAUCGUGUUCGACCGAUAACGCGGAUCUCUGUCGAUCGAGAGAAAUCUCCGAUCGAGCACCCGGCACCGGGGUAUCCAGUUUCUCUGCCGAUCGAAGCAUCCGACGGCAUUCAAAAUAACUUUAUAACCCGUAAUGUAUUUGAGAUCGUACAAACAGACAGCAAAAGGGAGGCACGCGAUUACAAGAGAGUCGAUCGAAGCUGAGUUCGCGGGCAGAGGUCGAAGCGACGUUGGACCGACCAUCAGGAACAAAUUCAAGACGAAGAAGUGUCCGGUGGACUGCUGGGACCUCGAGGAACCUCAGCCGCUUCGUCCGAGAUCGUCCGGCAGAGUAUCGAAACAGGCUUGCUUACGUCGCGGUAUGAGCGAAAGUGAACGAGCAGUCACCACGCCACGAAUUGGAUGGCGAAAGCUCACUGAUCCUGGCGACUGACACGAAUCCAGAAAAUCGGGGGCAGAUCCGAAACGAUAGCAUCAGCUUCUACAGUCCUAUCAUUCUAAACGUCCUCGUUGUCCUGCCGCUCGGUCUUGGUCCUCGUCUUCGUCGUCGUAUUCGUCGUCGCGUUCGUCGGUCUCGUGGAAACGUAUUCGAUCCUCGAGCCUCGAUAGAAAACCCGAAUCGUCGUCGAUCCUCUAUGCCAGCCAAAUGCAACGGAACGCCACGUCGAGGUCUAAGUCGAGAACUUUGAAGACGGACCCAAAAAUGGCGGGCAAUCGGUGUCGGUAGCAGACGGGGUUAUUACCUUGAAGAACGACCGCCUCGCCCUGCACUCUUCCUAGGGGAUCCACGGCUGAACCAUCCUCCGGUCUCGGCUAGAUUCCCGUUUUUCUCUCUUGUCACACGAGUGCUCCAUCCCCCUUGAUAUCCAUCUAUCGAACCAAUACCCUGACGAACUUUGGUGUCGUUUUUAAUUGGUCGUCGAACGGACGACGAAAGGGUCUCGAUCGAGUGACCCAUAGACAAUAACUUACGUAGCUGGAUAAAAGUAGUGAUAACAUGUAGUAGUGAGACGAACGACGGAUCAAUUAUUAAGAAGAAGGACAAGAAAGGUCGAAAGAGAGUACCCGAUACCAGAAAACUAACGGUAUCCUUCGCUCGAUCUCCUGGCGAGAACGCUUUUUUUCGACAAUUGUAGCUAAUUUUAACGAAAGAGAAGAGUAAUAUUUGUCCGAGAACCUCGUCCCCCUCUCCCGCAAUCGUCAUGCCGCCCACGCCGAGCAAACUGAACCUGAGCUUCGCCAGAAACGCGUACAGCGUGUUUGGAACACGCGCUACCAACGCGACUGCUGAUCAUCAGCGCGAACAGAAAACGGAACUUUUGGAGGGUACCAGAGGUAACGGAAUUCUUCACCUGAAAAAUGGCAUCGAUUACAUCAAUCCUGGCGAAGAAGACCAGAUGGAAAUAUAUGGUUACAAGAGGAACAACAUCUUCACCGUUGUUACUUGGUUCUUGAUCAUCGUCACCGGAGGACUCCUCAGGCUGGUCUUCCACUGGGUGCCGCACUUGAUGCUGUUGGCAACUCAUUCCAAGUGCCAGUUGGAAGACGCGGACACGGUUUUGUUGGUAGAGAAAUUCCAAGGAAAGCACACGAGCUACUACGUGAAGAAACUGAAGACUUUGGCUGCUCAGGAUGUAGUCAACAAGCCUUUCGACGGAGAGUCGUUGAUGGACAACGAACCAUGGGUGGAAAACGGCAGCAUGAUAACCAUCAAGGAAGUGAAGGAAGAAUACCCAACGCUGUCUUUGCAUUUAGUCGGAGGACAAUUCAAACAGGUUCCAUCCAUCGUUCUCUUUCAAUGCAAGAAGUUAACCUACGUGUGGGACCACGAGAGAUCAGAAUUUCUGAAACUUCGUGGCUUGGACGUCGGCGUUUUAACUUCGACGUUGCACCAGAUGCAAGGGCUAAAUUAUCAUGAGCAGCACAUGAGACGCAGCGUUUACGGAAACAACGAGAUCGUGAUUCCGGUGAAGAGCAUCGUAACGCUUCUCGCUCUCGAAGUUCUUAAUCCAUUCUACGUCUUCCAACUGUUCAGUUUCUGUCUCUGGAUUGCCGACAACUACUACUACUACGCCAUGGUCAUUUUGACCAUGUCCAGCAUCGGUAUACUUAUGGCAGUCUUCCAGACUCGUCGAAACCAACACAAUCUACGGUCCACCGUUCACUCUUCCGACGUGGCAACAGUGAUGAGAGAUCGAAUGACUGGACAAACCGCAACCGUGCCUGCCGAACGAUUGGUACCUGGCGAUAUUUUAGUUAUUCCGUCUCACGGCUGCCUGAUGCCUUGCGACGCGGUGCUUCUCACCGGAAAUUGUAUAUUGAACGAAUCCAUGCUCACCGGAGAAUCGGUCCCCGUCACCAAAACCCCUAUCCCUUCGUCCAGCGAGAUCAUCUACGACACCAAGGAGCACGCGAGACAUACCCUCUUCUGUGGUACUCGCGUCAUUCAGACGAGAUAUUAUGGCUCCGAAAAGGUUUUGGCCGUCGUUGUCAGAACAGGCUUCAACACGAGUAAAGGCGGCCUGGUGAGAUCCAUCAUGUAUCCUCCACCGGUCGAUUUCAAGUUCGAACAGGAUUCCUACAAGUUCGUCAUUCUGUUGGCUGGAAUAGCGAGCAUCGGCGUGAUCUACACCAUCGUGACGAAGAUCAUGAGAGGUGUGCAGAGCAGCCACAUCGCUCUGGAAGCUUUGGACUUGAUCACGAUCGUGGUGCCUCCGGCUCUACCGGCAGCUAUGACCGUCGGUCGUCUGGUGGCGCAACAAAGGUUGGAGAAGAACAAGAUUUAUUGCACCAGUCCGAGAACCAUCAAUGUGUCGGGAUCGAUCGAUUGCAUUUGCUUCGACAAAACUGGAACGUUGACCGAGGACGGUCUCGACAUGUGGGGCGUCGUACCCGCAGUCGAUAACAAGUUCCAGUUGCCUAUCAAAGAUAUCUCCUCCUUGCCUCUGAACGAUCUCCUCAUCGGAAUGGUAACGUGUCACGGGAUCACUAUAAUCGACAAUCAACCGGUUGGCGACCCGCUCGACCUGAAGAUGUUCGAGUCGACCGGCUGGACACUGGAGGAACCGGACGUGUCCGACACCUCCAAGUUCUCCAUGCUUUUUCCCACGGUGGUUCGACCGCCAAAGGGCUCGAAACUGCUGAAGAAAUUGCCCAACGAGAUAAGGAUCUCCAUCAGCCGGCAAAACUCGAUGUCUUCCGACGCGGUGGACAACGUUUCGUUGAACAAUCUCGAUAGCGCGUUGGCUGGUUCCACGACGGACUUGGGGGAGCAAGGCCUGGAAAUUGGGAUCGUUCGACAGUUUCCGUUCACGUCCAGUCUUCAACGAAUGAGCGUGAUCACCAGAACAUUGGGAGCAAAUCAUUACGAUCUCUAUUGCAAGGGUAGUCCAGAGAUGAUCCUCAGCCUUUCGAAAGCCGAAUCCAUUCCAGCAGACUUUGGCGCCGUGUUGCAAGAGUACACGUCGGAAGGUUACCGCGUGAUAGCUAUGGCGCACAAAUCUUUGAAUCGUCUUCCUUACGCCAAAGUUCAAAGAUUGAGUCGCGAAGCUGCCGAGUCGGAUUUAACCUUCUUGGCGUUCGUGAUCAUGGAGAACAGAUUGAAACCAGAAACCACGCCAGUUAUCAGUGCUCUAAACACUGCCUGUAUCAAAACCGUGAUGGUGACUGGCGACAACAUGUUGACGGCCCUGUCCGUGGCGAGAGACUGCGACAUCGUGAAGCCGGGAACACCGGUCAUCGCGGUCUCGGCUUCCCAGCAAAAUCAAACGAAGCCGCAGAUCUACUUCACGAAGAGCAACAGUCAACCGUCGCCAAUUUCACCGAUGGGUCACGGAGAUCUCAGCGAAAUGACUGAUUUAAAUAGCGUAGCUAGCUUGGACACGGUCGAGAGUGGCUCUUUCGGGAACAAUCAGUUCGAAAACGAUGUCAAUUAUUUAUCCGACGAUUUGCAGCACUCGAAAAACAAAUACGUGUUUGCACUCACAGGCAAAACGUGGGCACUAGUCAAACAAUAUUACCCAGAACUGAUUCCCAAACUCGUCACCCGCGGCGCAAUCUUUGCAAGAAUGUCCCCGGAUCAGAAGCAACAGCUCGUCCAGGAAUUGCAGUGUUUAGGAUACUACGUUGCCAUGGUGGGAGACGGGGCGAACGAUUGCGGAGCUUUGAAGGCUGCUCACACAGGAAUUUCUCUUUCGGACACCGAAUCAUCCGUAGCUUCACCGUUCACCAGCCGCGAAACCAACAUUUCCUGCGUGUUGACCGUAAUUCGAGAAGGUCGCUCUGCUCUGGUCACCUCUUUCGGGAUCUUCAAGUACAUGGCUAGCUAUUCGCUCACUCAAUUCAUAUCCGUGAUGCUGUUGUACGGAAUCGAAUCCAACUUGACGGACAUCGAGUUUCUGUACAUCGAUCUCUUUAUCAUCUCCAUCUUCGCUUUCUUCUUCGGCCGUACCGAGACGUACGACGGUCCGCUUGUUAAAACGGCGCCGCUGAACAGUUUGAUCAGUACCACUCCGAUUCUCAGUCUGGUUACGCAGAUUCUGAUCGUGGCCGUGUUCCAAUACGCCAGUCUCUGGCAUCUUCAACAGAUGGAUUGGUUCGUUCCGUUCAACGCGACGAUCAAGGCGAUCGAGAACAAGGACGACGUCGGUUGCGUGGAAAACUACACGGUCUUCAUCAUCAGUUCGAUGCAGUACAUCAUUCUAGCCGUCACGUUCUCGAAAGGUCACCCGUACAGAAAGUCGUUGUUCACGAAUUACGGUCUGCUCACUUCGUUGAUUUUCUUGAGUCUCUUCUCGGUCUACCUCGCUACGUUUCCGUUCGAAUGGCUGGCUAAUUGGUUCGAGCUCGUAGUUCCUGAGAACGUCGGCUUCCGUUUCAUUCUGGUCGGCUACGGCGUCCUGAAUCUUGUGAUCUCGUUGCUGAUGGAGAACUUCUUCGUCGACUACCUCGUUUUUAGCAAGUUACGUUAUCGCUGGCACAACGUUGACAAAUCCAGACGAAAGUUUCUCGCGAUCGAACGCGAUAUGGCUCGUGACUUAAAAUGGCCGCUGAUCUCGCAGGAGCCUUUGCCGGAGGCGGCGCCGGACAUCCUGAUCCGUCAGAACGUCACCGAAAUCAAGAUCGAGAAACGCGUGCCCGAUCCUUGUCGCCCGGUCGAUACCAGUUUCAUGAACAGUCCCGUCUGCGCGAACUUCAAACACUUUGGCUCGGCCAGAGAAGUGACCCUGAAUCCCAGGUCCUUGUUCAACGACCGCAGGAACACCGUGUCCAUGCAAACGGUCCCCUGUUUCGAGGACAAGGACUCCGUGAGCAAGCAGCCACGCUUGGAGCUAACGUCGAAGAGAAGGCACAACUCGGAAUCGGAAAACGGGAUCAAUCGGUGCGACAAACCGUUCAAGAGUCACAGCACGAAUCCCAUCGCGACGCUGCCCAGAAACACGGCCAUGGCUCUACAACCGCAAAAGCUGAGGGAUCUCAAAAACGUUUUAAUCCACAAGAGCGAAGACGGGCUGUCUCCUUGCACGCAGAGCGUCCUCGAACUCGACAUACUUCCGUCGUAGAAGAGAACCAGCAUUUCGUGGAACUCGCACACGCGAAUGCCACUAAUCGGUCAAUGCAUUUCUCGUCCCAUGACAAUUGCGAACGAAAGCUGCUAAACGAUCCAGUAACGUUCCAAGAUUCGACAGUCGGGUGACAAGGAUCGCGAAUGUUCAAGAACGAACGAUCGAGCGAAAUUCUUGACACGAUUUCCGUUCGCGAUCGUUCGCACAGUGCAUUUAGAAUGCCCACGGCGUUCACGACACAUCGGUGAUCGACGAAAAUCCCCCCUCCGAGCAGAAGACGUAUCUUCGACCGAAAUAGAGGGGUCCCUUUUGACCUCUGUCUUUCUUCGUCCUCCUCCUUUUAUUAGUAUUCGAGCGUACCACUCUCUCGAGAAAGUAUUAUCGUUAGAUUAUUUAUCUUAGAUGAUGAGAAUUUUAACUCGCCCUGCCCAGGGAACAAGCGUCUUCUCGUGGAAGACUGACACCCUUGACGCAGGUCGAUCGAAGUAGAUAGGUAGACACUAUUUUUUCUGUUCCCCUUGGAAUUCCUUCGCGUUCCGAGGUCUUUUUCAUCGCGAUAUCGAGGUACUUACAGAAUUCGAACGAAUUUUUUUUCUAACCAUAGGGCAUCGUAGGAAAAUGAAUCGCGUUCCCGUUUUCGCGACGAACGAAUUCGUUUCUCUUUACAAGGAUUCGCGGUAUCUAGUCUGAUCUCGUUAGCUCCCGGCUAAUUAGUUGUUACACGAAAGCACGGAGAACGACGCUCGUUGACGACGUCGAUGGUUACUUACGCGAUUCGUCGCGAAAGCGGGAGAUUAGUUAAUCUUUCUUUUCUUGUUUUCUUUUUGGUGUGAAAAAAAGGGACUUGCAAUUAUAUACUAAAUAGUUUAUCCCAACGCAUCAUACUUAAUCGAGCCUCGACGGUUCGACGCGUUUAUCAUUCGAGCAAGCGGAAAUUAUUCGGUUGUCGCUGUUAUUUAUCGUUGAAACGGGCAACGAGAUCAAUGUGUACUUAUAUUACGCAAUGGAAACACAUACUUAAAAAGAAACGCGUUGUUCUACUAUUUGCGACGCUAAGCUUGCGUUGAGAUAUAGCGGUUGUCUAAUAACAAAGUAUGUUUUUAAUGGAAA